GGUUGAGGGGGGCAGGAGCUCCAGAGGCCACCGCCAGCUCCCUGCGGUGCUCAGAGCAGCGCUGGGUGGCCCUCCAGCGCCGGCCACACGACAGCGGUUGCUCUCCUCGACCUCUAGGCUGUCUCACCGGCAGGACUGGUCCCCAACUGCUCCAAGUCUUGUGAAGACCAUGAACUUCCAGGUGACAGGCCUGGGCCUGGACAAAAUGAAGCUGGACAGUCCCCAGUCCUUCCUGGACCAGGAGGAGGUGGAAGAGGCCGAGGAUGGGCAGCUGCUGGAGCCCGAGGCUUGGCGAACCUAUGUGGAGCGCCGCAACGCUCUGCAAGAGUUCCUGACCUCAGACCUGAGCCCCCACCUGCUCAAGCGCCACCACGCCCGUAUGGAGCUCCUCAAGAAGUGCUCCUACUACAUCGAGAUCCUCCCCAAGCACCUGGCUCUGGGCGACCAGAACCCACUGGUGCUGCCCACCACCAUGUUCCAGCUCAUUGACCCCUGGAAGUUCCAGCGCAUGAAGAAGGUGGGCGCCGCCCAGACCAAGAUCCAGCUCCUGCUGCUUGGGGACCUGCUAGAGCAGCUGGACCACGGCCGCUCCGAGCUGGAUGCCCUGCUCGAGUCGCCGGACCCUCGGCCCUUCCUGGCAGGCUGGGGGCUCGUGGAGCAGCGCCUGGCGGACCUGUCGGCUGUCAUGGACAGUUUCCUGGCCAUGAUGGUGCCGGGGCGCCUACACGUCAAGCACCGCCUAGUGUCUGACAUUGGCGCCACCAAGAUUCCCCACAUCCGGCUCAUGCUGAGCACCAAGAUGCCCGUCAUGUUUGACCGCAAGGAGUCGGUGGCCCACCAGGACUGGGUUAGCCUGCGCUGGUUUGUCACCAUCCAGCAGGCUGUGCCGGAGCAGUUUGAGCUGCGCUACAAGCUGCUGGAUCCACGGACACAGCAGGAGUGCAUGCAGUGUGGCAUCAUCCCCGUGGCCGCCUGCGCCUUUGACAUCCGAAACCUGUUGCCCAACCGUGCCUACAAGUUCACUGUCAAGAGGGCGGAGAGCUACACACUGGUGUAUGAGCCCUGGAGGGACAGCCUCACCCUGCACACCCGGCCAGGGCCCCCCGAAGGGCCCGCCUCCAGUUGGCUGGGCAAGCUGGGCCCAUCCCUGACCGCACCUUCCGAGAGAUGAUUUUCUAGUAUUUAUCCACUAAUAAAGAGGAGUAUAAACACACAUACACAAUUA